AGGACGAAGUGCAUACGCGCGUAAAGUGCUGUUUGUGAAGAAAAAAGCGCCAAGCUUAGCUCUUGACGAAGCCAGACGAGGUGAACGUCUCACCUUCCAAGGCGUAUAAUGAAGUGAAGAGGGCAGGCUUUGUCACGCACUGAAAAGAACCAUAAACACACGCAAAUAAGAGAGGAUAUCAGAUAUCUCUGACAGCCGGGAAUGUCUCUCGGCGUCUGUGCGUCAGGAGGACAGAGGGGUACGCCUCUUCCGACUCUGUUCGUUCCGCUGCAACUUUGCGUGCUCGUCUGGCUUUUAGCAGCCGAGGGCAGGGGCGCUGUUUUGCAUCCAGCUGCCGGAAAGAACGACGUCUAAUCCCCUCGGUUUCCAAAGAAAUUUGGCACCCGGACGCGGCGGAGAGAGUUGCUAAAACUCAACGGAGAGGACAAGCGUUGACGCCAAGCUGGGAGCACAGGAUGACAGCCGAGUUCUUUUAGACGCCAAAUAGGUGACAAGGCACCACCUGGCGAGGGAGCAGAAGAAGGCACGGCUCUAAAGUUCAAACUUUUAUCCUUCUUCCAUGUGUUCAUUUUGCGGGAUGGAGUGAAGCUACACCCGAUGUGAUUCGUCUUUUUUUUUUCCACUUAAAACACCAGACUACUGGGCCGGGGUAGAAGGAGGUCUGGUACUGCGAGAUUCCCGAGCCCGGAUCUCAACUCAUUCACUCCAGUCUAUAUUACGACCUGCAUGGAACCAAUGAUGUUUGCGUAACUUGUUCCCUUUUUUCAUUUGAAUCGGGUGUAAAAUCCUCAUUUUUUGUACAGACUCCACUGAACUUGGAUUUAAUAACCAAAGUGACACCUUUUAGCAAUUCGGGCAGUUCUCCGGAGCUGCUUUAGUUAAGACUGAGUUGCCAAUGGAACUCGAAAAUAUCGUAGCUAACACAGUGCUGCUGAAAGCCCGAGAAGGUGGGGGAGGCAAGCGGAAGGGACGCAGUAAAAAAUGGCGUGAGAUCCUAAAAUUUCCUCACAUUAGUCAGUGUGGGGAGCUUCGCAACAGCAUAGACAACGAUUACAACAAUCUCUGUAACAAACAACCCAUUGGCCGUCUCCUUUUUCGUCAGUACUGUGAGAAACGUAAGGAACUGCUGCGCUGUAUCCGCUUCCUGGAUGCUGUGGCAGAUUAUGAAGUAACUCCAGAUGAACAACUGAAGGCAAAAGGAGAGGAAAUUGUUCUGAAGUUUUUUACAAAUGAGUCUGCAGAUUUUGUUCCAGAAGUGCAGGAAGAAUUAGUUAAACAAUGUCAAGAUAGUCUGGAGAGCAGUCCUAGCAAAGAACUCUUCAGUGAAAGUGUCCGAGCUCUUCAUGAUUUUCUAAGUGGGUCACCUUUCACCAGUUACCAAGAUUCCAUGUACUACGAUCGUUUUCUGCAAUGGAAGGUCUUAGAACGGCAACCUGUUACAAAGGACACAUUUAGACAGUACAGAGUACUGGGAAAAGGAGGAUUUGGAGAGGUAUGUGCUUGUCAAGUUAGAGCUACUGGGAAAAUGUAUGCCUGCAAGAAACUUGAAAAGAAGAGAAUCAAAAAAAGAAAAGGGGAAGCAAUGGCUUUAAAUGAAAAGCAGAUCUUAGAAAAAGUGAAUAGCAGAUUUGUAGUUAGUUUAGCUUAUGCUUAUGAAACCAAAGAUGCACUGUGUUUAGUUCUGACAAUCAUGAAUGGUGGAGACCUCAAGUUUCACAUCUAUAACAUUGGAUCUCCUGGCUUUGAGGAGGAGAGGGUGCGUUUCUAUGCUGCGGAAAUCUGCUGUGGUUUAGAACAUCUUCACAGCGAAGGCAUCGUGUACAGGGAUUUAAAGCCAGAGAAUAUUCUGCUAGAUGACAAUGGCCACAUUCGGAUAUCUGACCUGGGUCUCGCAGUUAAGGUUCCUCCAGGAGAAACUAUCAGAGGAAGAGUGGGAACAGUUGGCUACAUGGCUCCUGAGGUGAUUAACAAUGAACGGUACACAAUGAGCCCAGACUGGUGGGGCUUGGGUUGCCUGAUUUUUGAGAUGACAGCUGGCCAUUCACCUUUCCGUGCACGCAAGGAGCGCGUGAAGAGGGAGGAAGUAGAAAAGCGAGUACAGGAAGAAGAAGCAGAAUACAGCAAAAAGUUCACAGAGGAUACCAAAUCUAUCUGCAAAAAACUGCUGACAAAAGAUUACACACAACGACUAGGAUGCAGUAUGGAGGGAGCUGCAGAAGUGAAAGCCCAUCCAUUCUUUAAGACCAUUAACUUCAAGAGGCUAGAAGCUAGCAUGUUGGAGCCAUCCUUUGUUCCUGAUCCAAGGGCUGUCUACUGCAAAGACGUGCUGGACAUUGAACAGUUCUCCACUGUUAAAGGAGUCAAUCUGGACCAAACAGACAAUGAUUUCUAUGUCAAAUUUGCUACAGGAAGUGUUUCUAUCCCAUGGCAGAAUGAGAUGAUAGAAACAGAGUGUUUCAAGGAUUUGAAUGUUUUUGGACCAAAUGAGACUAGGUCACUGGAUCUAGACUGGAAUCUGCCUCCUGAUCCUCCAAAACGCAGCUUCUUCGACAGACUUUUCAGAAGACAACCUCAGAAUUCUGUCAAAAUCCGUGACAAUGCAAAUCACUCCAUGAAUGUAAACUCCGCAUCCCCUAGUGCACACACUGGAUCAGAAGGAAAUGAAGACUCGUGACAAUGUGCCUUCCAUCAAGAUUCUCUGGACUGUGUGUUGUUGUUUUAUUUUUUUAAACACCAUAAAUGAAACAAUGCAAGUCUCCUCAUGACCUCUCAGGAUGUACAAAAACAAUGAUGCAAAAGUCUGUAGCGUCACAUUUCAUUUUUCAUGAAAUGUACACAGCGCACUUUCUGAUUUUUUUUUUUAUUUUUUAUUGUCAUUUUUUAACUGUCUGAAAAGAGAUUCUCAGGCUGAAGUUUUUAAUUUUUUUUUUACAGUGGAUGGCUUCGGAAGACUGCUGAUUAAAUUUAUAGAGACAAAUCUAGGAAUAAAAACGGCUUCAGUUCUUCAGUGAAAAAAUCUGCUGUCUCAAUUGAAAUACAACAGUGAUGAGCAGAGACAUCUUGAGGGAUUCCUUGGGUCAUAACCCAAUUCACGAGACAUGGACUUAGCAAGCUCACCUCCUUAGGGAAACGAAAGGCCAUUAUCUGUCUUACUGGUGCCUGGGCAUUAAAUGGGAUUCAUACAACACAUCCAGCAGUUCCCCUCCCCUUGCUUUCAGCUACCUGAGGUUCUGAGCCAGUAGCCAUGAGGAUCAUUACACUUCAGUCCUAAUUCAAGCCUGCUUCCACUGCCCCCUCUGCCACAGACAACAUCCUACAGAUUAUCAGUUUUUAUUAUUAUUUUUAUUUUAAUCAAUAGAGUUCUAUAUUUUGGGAAUUUCUGGUAUUCAUGCCAUAGAAUAAACUGUGGUGCUUUCCUUGAUUCAGUUCUUGAUAUGGGGGUUUUCUAUUACAUAGUUUUUCAGGUAAAGAAAAAUGCAAGUUAUGUUUUUCUUUCUGGGGAAAUAAAGGGGAAAUUGCUUAUGGUUUAUUAAA